UUAGAAUUGUUGAAUUCUGCAUUUCUUUCACUGAAGCCAAUCCUUACUGUCGAGAUUCAGUGAUUUUUCAGCAUCUUCUAUACGAAAAUAUCGGAGCUUUUCAUCGAGAAGCUUACAUUUUAUAAGAGUCUUGGAAUUGUCAAUACACCUUAUUUUGGAUCUUUAAUUGAAUCAUAACUGGUCCAAAUUGAAUUGCAAUUCAAUCUUCAGUAGCGCUUCAUUACAAUUGAUCUUCCACACACAUAAUUGAAAGAUCUACAUUCGAAAUCUCAAUCUUCAAUUGCAAUCGUAGAUCUGCAAUCCAUUUCACUUUCAGUACAUCAUAAACUUCAUUUAACAUGUUCUUGACAAGAUCCGAAUACGACCGUGGUGUUUCUACAUUCUCUCCUGAAGGAAGAUUGUUCCAGGUCGAAUAUUCCUUAGAAGCCAUCAAGCUUGGCUCCACUGCCAUCGGUAUUUCAACCUCCGAGGGUGUCAUAUUGGGUGUAGAAAAGAGAGUCUCGUCGUCGUUAUUGGAACAUACCAGUAUUGAAAAAAUCGUCGAAAUUGACAAACACAUUGGUUGUGCUAUGUCCGGAUUGACAGCCGAUGCCAGAUCCAUGAUCGACCAUGCCCGUGUAUCGUCGUUGACUCACAACUUGUACUAUGACGAAGACAUUCAGGUCGAAAGUUUGACACAGUCGGUCUGUGAUUUGGCGUUAAGAUUUGGGGAAGGCGCCGGUGGUGAAAAGAGAUUGAUGUCAAGACCAUUUGGUGUAGCUCUUUUGAUUGCUGGGAUCGACAAGGAUAAGGGUCCUCAGUUGUACCAUGCUGAACCCUCUGGUACUUUCUACAGGUACGAAGCUAAAGCUAUUGGAUCAGGUUCCGAAGGUGCACAAUCGGAAUUGCAGAACGAAUACCACAAGUCAAUGACUUUGAAGGAAGCAGAAUUAUUGGCGUUGAAGACCUUGAAACAAGUCAUGGAAGAGAAAUUGGACUGUAAGAAUGCCCAAUUGGCCAGUGUUACAGCUGAAGGAGGCUUCCAGAUCUACAGUGACGAAAAGACAGAUGAAAUCAUCAAGGCCUUGAUUGAACUGCAAGUUGACGAAGAUCCAGCCCUUUCGGGUAAUUAGAUGUACCAUAAAUUAAAGAAAAUAGUCAUAAGAAAAUGUAGAAGAUACACUAGUACUUUUUGU